AUCUCAUCGGCCAGCAGCAAACGCAUCUCUUUUACUCGCAGUUCCCUUCUGAUCCUCGCAAUGUCCGCCAUUUCGUCCCAGACCCAGACCGCACUCCUCCUUCCCAGCGUUGGUGCAUCUUUCGAGCUGCAGCAGAUCCCUAUUCCGCAAGCAGGUUCUGGCGAGAUUCUUGUCAAGAACUACGCUGCGGGGCUCAACCCGAUUGACUACAAGACUCAAGAGGUCGGGUUCCACGUCGUGCGUGAGUUCCCUGCCAUCCUCGGUUUUGAGGGUGCGGGUAUUGUCUCCGCCGUGGGUGCAGGCGUCACCCAUCUCAAGGAGGGCGAUAGAAUCGCCUACCAGGGAGUCGCUUCCAACAAGGGACGUUCCUUCCAGCAGUGGGUUGUUACACCAGCCGAUUGGGCCUUCAAACUUCCGGAUUCCAUGUCAUUCGAUACCGCAGCAGCCCUCCCCAUCGCGUUCCUCGCGGCUGUUAUUGGCACCUACCAGCCACCGCCUCACGGCCUCGGCAUUGCCACUCCUUGGUCUGCUAGCGGACGCAGCGCCCAUGCGGGCUCUCCCAUCGUUGUCCUCGGCGGUACAUCCAAUGUUGGCCAAUAUGCCAUCCAGCUCGCCCGCCUCGCCGGGUUCGGCACCAUCAUCACCACUGCCUCUCCCCGCAACUCCCCGCUCCUGCAGGCGCUCGGCGCGACGCACGUGCUCGACCGUUCACUCUCAAUCGAGGCGUUGACCGGGGAAGUCGAGAAGAUCACCGGCGAGAAGAAGGUUUUGCAUGUGUUCGACGCAGUCGGCAUCGCGGAGACGCAGCAGGCCGCACUCGCGAUCGUGUCCGAGGGCGGGAAGGUGCUCACCACAAACCCACCGCAAGUCAAGGCAUCGGAGGGCUCUGGAAAACAGAUUUUGUUCGUCAUGGGCGCACUUAUGAUGCCGCAGCAUCAAGCGUUCGGCAAGGAGUUCCUGAGCGUCUGGGCGUCGCUUUUUGAAAGCGGAGACAUCAAAGCUAGCACUGUCGAGGUUGUCUCGGGCGGACUCAAUGGCGUUGAAACGGCGCUGAAGCAACUCAAAACGAUCAGCGGGAAGAAGCUUGUCGUACGUCCUUUUGAGACGGAUGUGUAAUCAUGCAAAGACUACCUAUAAUAUACACGUUCAAUAUACAUGUUUAAAC